CAUUUGGCAUACUAAAAAGUGAAGAAAAUAUGAUAUUUAUGGUAUACAUUUUGACCCAAAAGUGUUGAAUAAACAAAAUAUUGACCACAGAAAUUGGCGCAUCUUUUCCCAUAAGCUGACAGAUACACAUCACAUAUCUUUCACCUUCUGCGUCCUUAUAAAAAGCACCAUCGUCCAUACGGUUUUCAAACACAUUAGUUACAAUAGCAGCAACAUAGUGAGCGAGGUCAGGGGAGAAGAUGUUUGGAUUUGAAAACAUGAAGAUUUCCAGCAGUGAUGCAGCCAACCCGGUCAUCAAUCUCGAUCAAGGAGAUCCGACGGCAUUCCAAGAGUAUUGGAUGAGUAUGACGAUGAAGGAGAGGUGUGUUGUGGUGAUACCAGGAUGGGACCUGAUGAGCUACUUUAGCGAUAAGACGAACGUGUGUUGGUUCCUGCGGCAAGAUCUUGCUGAGGCGAUCAAGGCGUUGCACCGUGCGAUCGGCAACGCAGCGACUGAAGAACGCUACAUCGUGGUGGGUAAUGGCUCUUCACAGCUUUGUCAAGCCGCUUUGUUCGCACUUUCUUCUCUCUCUGAGGACAAGCCUCUCAGCAUUGUCGCCGCGGUUCCUUACUACUCCACAUACGAGGAGGAGGCAUCGUAUGUUCAGUCGCAGCUGUACCAGUGGGAAGGAGACGCAAGAACGUUCAACAAACCCGGACCAUACAUCGAGAUUGUGACAUCACCGAACAAUCCUGAUGGGACCAUCAGAGAGCCGGUGGUGAACCGUGGUGGGAAAGUGAUAUACGACUUUGCGUAUUACUGGCCACACUACACUCCUAUCACUCACCGUCAAGACCACGACAUUAUGCUCUUCACCUUCUCUAAGAUCGCCGGUCACGCUGGGUCCCGCAUCGGGUGGGCGUUAGUGAAGGACAUAGAGGUGGCUAAGAAGAUGGUGCAAUACCUAACAAUCAACUCAAUUGGUGUGUCUAAGGAGUCGCAGAUUCGAGCCACCGUGAUCCUCAAUGAACUCACCAAAAGUUGUCGCAUCAAAUCGGAGAGUUUCUUCGAGUAUGGUAACGAGAAGGUGAAGACACGGUGGGAGAGUCUACGCUGGGUCGUAGAUAAGACCGGUGACACAUUCACUCUACCUGAUUACCCUCAAGCCUUUUGCAACUUCUUUGGCAAAAGCAGCUCAACUUAUCCUGCGUUUGCAUGGCUGGGGUGUAACGAAGAUAAGGAUCUCGAAAGUCUCUUGAAGGAAAAAUAUGUUUUGACAAGAGGAGGAGAGCGAUGUGGCAGUGAUAAGAAGUACGUACGCGUCAACAUGCUUGGACCCAACAAAGACUUUGAGGACUUUCUCAACAGGCUUCUCACCAUCAAGUAUCCUAACUGCUUUGAGGAGAUCCCCUGCUUUGAGCCUUAAGUUAUUGUUUUUAUUUUCCAUAUGACAUUUCCAAUAAUGGUUGUUCUUUUCGUAAUGUUGAGCACAAUGGCAUUGUGAUGUUUUCCUUUCUUCUGAAUUUAUCUUAUAAUAAUAAUUUAAAAGGUUUUUCUAUCAUUAAGUGUUAAAUAAAAAAAAUGUCAACUUUUCUAUAUGGAGACGUAAUUUGAACGAAUUGGAUAAAAAUACGUAUAGAUUCAUCACAUGAUGAAUUUAUCUUUUAUGGUAUAAAAGUGAUACGUCUGUAAAAUCCUUUAUAUAUUAAUUGAGAAACAUUACAAUAUUGUUUUGUAGUUACGUGUCACUAUAAAAAUGAAAUUCAGAAUUCUUAUAGAAAUAGAUUGGUUCAUCUUAAUUUAUAUUAUAUUUUUUAUUAAACUAACUAUUAAUUUGAUUAAUAGUGU